GCGUUCCGUUCCGGUCAUAAUUAUAUGAAGUUGAUCAAACGAAAAACAAUCGCUCAUAAAUAUGUCGAACUUUCAAAGUUGAAGUUCAAACGUUAAAAACUAAAACAAAAUGCCCAAUGUCAAUAGCAAACAUCGAUGCAUACAGUCGAACCGCUCAAAAAUAAAUCGAAGUGCAAAAAUAUAAGUCGAAGGGAAACGGAAGUCACUGAGAUAUUAGCGGAUAUGGUCUAUGGUCAUACAAAACCAUUCAAAACCUACUUAAUAAGAUAUAACUAUGACUCAUAUCAAAAAUGGCGGACAACUUAAAUGAAAUAGUUAGGCGUGUUGUGUCGUCUCUUCAAAAUUUACCGGACACUGCUUCCAGCAAUACCCCAAGCAGAAGCGAUGAUAGUACUAGUAGCAGGUCCUUUGGCUCAGUUGAAGAAGAAAUCGGCCAAAGAUUCCAAAUUCCUCGUGUGUCGUCGGGAAUUGCUAAUAGGAUUCAUAGUUCCAGAAGAAGUGAAAGAGGUCGGUUUAUCCCUUACACUACAAAACAAAAAGGGAAAUACUAAGCCAAACCUGCUGCAGAGUUGGUUAUAAAAGACGUGUGUCUACUACCUAAUCCAGAUUGGGAUCAAGUCCCUCGGCGACAAGUAAAGGAAGACCUCGUGAAAAGAAGUUUAUUUGUUGACGCAUGGAGUCUUGAUAAAUCGUGGUCAGAAGAUCAAUUACGAGCGGAAUUACACAGUAUUUUCAAGAAGCAUAUUACAGGACCAAACACGUAAGCUAUUGAAGUAUGUAGUAUUCAAUUUUGUAUCUUGCAGUGGAAUUGAAUGGGUUAAAUUACUUAAAUACAAUUAAUUUUUUCCAAGCUUUGAGUUUGUAAAGUCUGUCGGAAAUGGCAUCGCCCAAUUAAAACUGCCACAAGGGCAAGAAGCAAAUGCCAAAAUAAUACGACACAUUAGUGGGACUGGACCAAUUUAUAUCCGCUCUCUAGUAAAGAUCGACAGUGAUGAGGUACUGCAACUCUUCAUUAUAUGCCUUAAGAUUACACACUGUCCACAUUAUGACUGUAGAUUAAUUGCUAGUUCAGUUAAGCUCUAGCGAUUACAAAAUCAUGCAUUUACUAUGAUGAGUUUUAUUCAGGAUGAUGACAUUGUUGAAUUGAGUGAUAAUGUGGAUAAUUUUGUCAGAAGUAGUGAUAUAAGAUUGAAUGUAUCACGCAAUUUGGAGUCCAAUCAAAGGCAAAGCAGUGAGCAAUAUGUUACUGUUAUUCCAACUACCACUCCAUCGCUCCCAAUUGCUUGUGAGACAGGUGAAACUUCCGAUGGCAUAAGAAGUUCUUUAAAUCUCUGUAGCAUUGAAAAGCAGAAACUAGAUGAAAUGUUCCCAAAUUGUCCUGCUGAAGUGUUUGCACAAGCUGUAAAUUGUACAACACUUGAUCUGGCUGUGGACUAUGUUAUAAGUCAUAUACCUUCCAAGUCAGAUGAACAACAAUUUGAUGGCUCUAAAAUUGAGGAGGAUGCAUGUUUAAAAGACCUAUUAUACUCUCUACAACCCAUCCCUGGGACUCCUACACGCUUGACAGUCAGCAGAUCAUCAAUUUUUGCUGAUAGUGUGUCAUUUUUCAAACACAGACAUUUUGAUUUUAAGAAACCAUUGAAGGUCACAUUUGAAGACGAAUUAGCAAUUGAUGGUGGUGGCCCUAAACGAGAGUUCUUCACUUUACUGUUGCGUGAACUCCUUUCUCCAUCAGCUACUCCUCGUCUUUUUGAAGGAAGAGAUGGAAUUUUUUUACCAAUGCACAAUACAGAUGCUCUUAGAUCAAAUCUGUAUAAGGUGGCUGGACGGAUUAUUGCAGCAUCAAUAGUUCAUGGUGGUCCUGGUUUUCCAUAUUUUCCAAAGGUUUUGUAUGCAUAUUUCCUCAACCCUCAGCCUAAUGACGUGGUGGAUCACCUCCGUCCAGAGGAUGUUGUUGAUGCUGAAUAUGUAGAUGUCUUGAAAAAGCUAGAUGCUUUUGAUGAAGAAAACAACAAAACCUUGGCUUCUGAAAUUCAACCUUUGUUAGUUGAGUCAGGUUUUCCUCAUCCCGUCAAUAUUGAUAAUCGUUUUCAAGCUAUUAUGUCCUUGUGUCUGCAUGGAGUCAUCUUAUCCAGGAAGGCUGAAAUUGAUCAAUUGAUGAUCAGCUUAUGCCCACUUCUUGACGUAAUCAGAAGACAUCCAGACAAGAUGGAAACCUUAUUUGUGGCUGGUACUUGCCCACCUUUGACACUCCAUGAUUUUUUAUCUGUUGUUCAGUUUGAUAAUGUUGAGAUUCGCAUCAAACAGUUUUUCACUCGGUAUCUUUCAUCACAAAGUUCUAAAAUUCCUAGUGUUUUGAUGUUUUCAACUGGUUGCAAAUCCUUACCUCCAAUGGGUUUUCAUCCAUCGAGUAUAACUAUUCUUCAAAAUACAUUCAUUUACCCCAAUGCUAACACAUGUCCAUUGGAAUUGGAAUUACCUGGUGAGGUAAAAAACUAUGAAGAGUUUGAAAGAAAUAUGGACUCAGCCUUGAAUUUCCAAGAAGAAGGUUUUGGAAUUGUAUAGAGGGUAUAUAAAACAGAACUAAGUUUUGUUAGAUUUGAAACUGUUUGUAUGUUGACUUUUACACUAUUAGUGCUGAACUUAAAAGUUACUAUAUCUAUUGCAUUUUAAAUGCUUCUUAACAAAGUCUUGUAUUGGA